CAUGCACCUCCCAAGCACCAAGUACUCAAACAAAUAUAUCUUUCCAUUCUCCAAAAUGAGUCUCUCCAAAACCCUGUCCACUUGCUGCUUCCUUUACGCUCUUUGUUUUUCCCUUGCCCAUGCAGCUAGAUUUGUCAUAACAAACAAUUGUCCCUACACGGUUUGGGCUGGAGCUGUACCUGGUGGUGGCAUGCAGCUCAACCCACGGGGUGGAACUUGGAACCUUGAUGUUGCCGCAGGCACCAAAGGGGCUCGCAUCUGGCCACGAACUGGGUGCAAUUUCGAUGGGGCUGGGCGCGGCAAAUGCCAAACCGGUGAUUGCGGUGGGCUUCUCCGAUGCCAAGCCUAUGGUGUACCCCCAAACACCUUAGCAGAAUACGCAUUAAACCAGUUUAACAAUUUAGAUUUCUUUGAUAUCUCCCUUGUUGACGGGUUUAAUGUUCCUAUGGAAUUUAGCCCCACCUCUAAUGGGUGCACCCGUGGGAUAAGAUGUACUGCAGAUAUCAACGGGCAAUGCCCCAAUGAGUUGAGGGCCCCUGGUGGAUGUAACAAUCCAUGCACUGUAUUCAAGACCAAUCAAUACUGUUGCAACUCUGGGAGUUGUGCCCCUACAAAUUAUUCCAGAUUUUUCAAGGAGCGUUGCCCCGAUGCUUACAGUUACCCUAAGGAUGACCAAACCAGCACAUUUACAUGCAAUGGUGGGACUAACUACAAGGUUACCUUCUGCCCUUGAAGCAAUAAUGCCACCAUAGAACUAGUAGUAUUUAUGUCAUGAUGUAAUAAAAGCUUAAUUAGGAUGUUGCUUGGUGAUCAGCACAUGACCUCGUAGUCAUGUGCAAAAUGCAAACGCCAAACUUCAUACUCAUGAGAGAUGAUGAGAUUGUAAUAAUAUCUUGUCGAAAGACUAAAUAUAUAAAAUAACGUUUCUAAA